UUUCCGUGGCUCUGUAAUUCUACCUACCUCAUGCACCCCACCUUCGUUUGCCAACUGGGAUCACUUCAUGAGCUAACUGCGCACAGUUCCAUAGUAAAACUCCUUUAACUGGUAAAAAGUGUUUGAAGCUCUUGCAGUUGGAAUGUCCCAUGUCAAGCCUGCUGCCAUUCUCUCACGGCCAUUCUCUUUUCAGGAUGGCUGGAGCGCCUCCAAGUUACUGUUUUGUGGCCUUCCCGCCACGUGCUAAGGAUGGUCUAGUGGUAUUCGGGAAGAAUUCAGCCCGGCCCAGAGAUGAGGUGCAGGAGGUCGUGUAUUUCCCGGCGGCUGAUCAUGAACCUGAGAGCAAGGUUGAGUGCACUUACAUUUCUAUCGACCAAGUUCCAAGGACUCAUGCCAUAGUGAUAAGCAGACCUGCUUGGCUUUGGGGAGCAGAAAUGGGAGCCAACGAACAUGGAGUGUGCAUAGCCAAUGAAGCCAUCAAUGCCAGAGAACCAGCUGCUGAGACAGAAGCCUUGCUGGGGAUGGAUCUGGUCAGGCUUGGUUUAGAAAGAGGGACAACAGCUAAAGAAGCCUUAGACGUCAUUGUCUCCUUGUUGGAAGAACACGGACAAGGUGGGAAUUACUACGAAGACGCAAACUCCUGCCAUAGCUUCCAAAGUGCUUAUCUGCUUGUGGACCGUGACGAAGCCUGGGCACUGGAGACUGUAGGGAAGUACUGGGCUGCAGAGAAAAUUACAGAGGGAGUAAAGUGCAUUUGCAAUCAGCUUUCCCUCACCACUAAGAUGGAUGCAGAGCAUCCGGACCUCAGGACUUACGCUCAGAGUCAAGGCUGGUGGAUGGGAGAGGAUGAGUUCAAUUUUUCCCAAGUUUUUUCCCCAGCUGAUGAUCAUCUGGACUGCUGUGCAGGCAAAGACAGCUUAGAAAAGCAAGAAGAAAGUAUCACGGUGCAGACGAUGAUUAACAUCUUACGGGACAAAGCCAGUGGAGUCUGCAUAGACUCUGAAUCUUUCCUCACCACAGCCAGUAUAGUGUCUGUCCUGCCCCAGAAUAGAAGCUCACCGUGCAUCCACUACUUCACUGGGACCCCAGAUCCUUCAAGGUCCAUAUUCAAGCCUUUCAUCUUUGUUGACGAUGUAAAACUUGUCCCUAAAGCACAGUCUCCCUGUUUUGGGGAUGACGAUCCUGCCAAAAAGGAGCCUCGGUUCCAGGAGAAACCAGACCGCCGGCAUGAGCUGUACAAGGCCCACGAGUGGGCACGUGCCGUCAUUGAAAGUGACCAGGAGCAAGGCCGCACACUGAGAAAGACCAUGCUGGAGCUGGAGAAGCAAGGCCUGGAAGCCAUGGAAGAAAUCCUGAGCAGCCCUGACCCCCUGGACCCCGCUGAGGUGGGGGACCUUUUCUAUGACUGUGUCGACACGGAGAUUAAGUUCUUUAAGUGAAGUAUACCUCCCCUCCCUCUUCUUAUUUCCAACUUCCCACCUGACUAAAUUACCAGCAGAACAACCACUCUCCUGUUUGAGUAAAAUGAGAAAGUUACCAUGU